AUGUCCAAAUUCAAUGCCGAGUGGCUAGUGGUGGUGGGUCUUCUCCUCUACUUCUACCUCGUGGCAGAGCCUUCAAAGCCCUUUGUGCGUCCUUUUCGACUUUCAGAUCCUUCUAUUCAGUUUCCAUUUGCUACUCACGAACGGGUAACCGAUAACCAACUAUACGUUAUUUCGUGUAUUUUACCAUCAUUAGCCAUCACAGCAUGGUGCACAGCUUUGCUUAAACGCAAAAAGCUCACAAAAUUCCAGUUUCAGCAAUUGGUCAACACCUCCCUACAAAAUUUAUGGCUCUCAAUUUCCAUUACUGGAGUAAUAACUGAUGUUCUCAAAGCAUGGAUAGCCAGACAUCGUCCAGACUUUUUGGAGCGAUGUGGACCAAUAGUAGGGACUCCUAUAGAUAAAUUGGUAGGAAUUGAGGUUUGUUCUGCUCCUCUUGGGCAAAUAUAUCUUGUUGAUGGCAUGAAAAGUACUCCAUCUGGACACUCGCUGAUCGCAUUUGCUGGAUUAUUUUAUUUCAGUUUAUGGAUUUAUAGUCGAAUUGGCCAUUUGUCCAUUGGAUACCAAUUAUCGUCUUGUCUUCCUUCAUUGCUAGCCACAUACAUAGCAUUGAGUCGAACUCAGGACUACCGACAUCAUUACAGCGAUAUCAUCAUUGGCUCGGCCAUGGGCAUCGCAAUUGCGACAAUCACAUUUUUCAGAAAAGAAAAAGAUAAAACAGAACUACCUCUUUGA